AUGAAAGGUGGUAAUAAUAAUAAUAAUAAUACUUCUACUUCUAGUAGUGGUGGAACAUCAACAACAUCAACAACAUCGACUACUUCUACUACUGCUACUUCACCACCUCCCGUUUCAUCAUCAUCAUCUUCACCUAGGAUGACAAGACCAUUAAUACCUGCAAUAUUAUCAAAAUUGGGAUCAUUUAAUAAAAAUAACAUCAUCAACAACAACAAUCAUAAUAAUAGUAGUAAUAUUAAUAAUAGUAAUGAAAAUCUUUAUAAUAGUAAUAACUCUUUAAAAUCAAGUUUAAAUAGUAGUAAUAGUAGUAAUGGUAGUAGUACAAGUACAAGUGGUUUUCAUCAGAAAUCAUCUUCAUUGGGUAAUAUGAGUAGUUCAGUCUUAUCAAAUAGUAGUAGUAGUAAUGGUGGUGGUGGUGGUGGUAGUGGUUUAUCAACACAACAACGACUUAUAAGAUCAUAUAUAAGAGGUAGAAAAACCGAAUACAAUCAAAUACCUCGUUAUGAAUGGAAUGAUAGAUACCAUUCGAUUAUGGAGAUGGAUCAAACCACUGAUUUGGAACAACAACAAAAGUAUCAAUUGCUUUGUGAAUUGGUAGAUGAAUUUAGACAUGUUGCAAAUGAUCAUGCCAAAGUAAUCAUCAAUGAAAAGGAUAAAUCAAAUGAUCAAAGAUCAAUCCCUUUAGCAAAUCAACAUGGUAUUGCUGGUGGUGAAAAAUACAUUGUUUGUAAUAUAUUAUUUAAAUUUCCAGUUGAUAAACGUGGAAUUUAUGGUGGAUCAACUGAAAAGGUACAAAAGACAUUUGGACAUGAAUUGAAAUCAUUGAAUCAUUAUCAAGAAUAUAGUUUGGAUGGAUGUAUUAUUCGAUUUCCACUGAUGGUUAUGAUUGAUUACCAAGGACAGAGACUGUUGGCACAACCAGUCAUCCCAGAGAUUGUUCCUACUGGCAAAGACCAACCUUCCACCAUUCGAUACGGUACCGAUGUUGGUGGAGUGCCAAUAGAGUGCAACGACGAACUCAUCAUUGUACCCCUUUACGAUCUCGCCGCAAAAUUAAAUCUCGAGAAUCACAUACAUUUCAAUCAAGUGGUUGCCACGCCAUUUGACACUGAAAUUCAUCAAACUCCUUCUGACAAUUCUUAUUAUAUUUUAGAUCUUGCCAGAACUUUUCCUCCCUGUUAUUUUUUUCAGGCACAAUAUAGAUGUAAAGAAUUUUAUGAAUUAAUGAGACCAGAAUUGGUAGCAAAUUAUCCAGAAGAAUUAAAUCCAGAUGGAUUUAUAGUGUCAUCUAGCAUUCCUGUUCCUUUGGAACGACGGGAUGACUCAAAGAAUUUAAUCAAGGCAACAGAUACGUUGAUUAUUGAUAUCAUUCCGCCAAUUGCUUCGAAUAUUAGUAGCAUGUAUAAUGGAAUUUUAAAUCAACAAGAUGAUGAAAAGAAUUCAAGACCAACGACCAUUGAAAGUAAAAAUUCAUUUAUAGAACUACCAAUUCAUAUUAUUGGUGAACAUGUACAGGAUCAAGACGAGGAAGAGGAAACCAUCGACCAACAAAACAUCUAUCAACAAAAGGCAUUUGAAGUUCGAAACUUGAUAGAUUUUAUUCAUUUCAAUGGAAUCAAUCUACGUUAUCUAUUUUAUUUUGCAACUCUUAUUCAAAAUGAUAAUUUUGGUUUUAAAACUUUAAUUUUAACAGAAGCAAUUGCUAGAAUUUUAAAAAAAGUUAUUAGAGCACAAUUAAGAGAUCAAUUUUUAAAAUAUAAAGGAUUUGAUUCAACACAUUCAAUACCAAAAGAUAUUAUUGGUAGAAUAUUUCAAUAUAUAUUUGGUAGUGAUCCAAAACAUCACAAAUUUUGGAUGAGUUUGGAAAAAGGUCAAUUAAAACAUUCAAUUAUCGCAGCCAUCCCAGUUGCAGGUCAAACAAAAGAUAAAUCUUAUUUUUAUGAUACAUUUUCAGAACGAGUAAAUUUAAGAGAUUUAAUUGAUACAAAAUUAUUAAUAGUUAGAUUAAUUGAUAUGUUGAAUAUAAAAAUUAAUCCAGUAUCAUAUCAAAACUAUUUAAAUGAUUUCCAAAUACUUGGCAAGGAUGAUGUGAUUGAACUUGGAUCAGUUGAAAAAUAUCCAAGUUUUAUAGAUUAUGCAAGAGGUGUAUUGGGGUUAAUUUCAAUCAAAAGUAUGAUGAAAUCAGAUCAACAUAGUAUAACUGAAAUCAAUUUAUUAUUAGAACAAUCUUUAUUAAAUUUACACAAGGCAAGAUCAUCAGUACCAUCAUCAAAAAAGAUAGCUUAUCAAUUGGCAUAUGCUUAUUUAUUAAAGAGUUAUACAUUAACCAAUUGGUCAGAGUCACUUUCAAAUCUUUUAAAGGCCAGAGUAAUCAUAUCCGAUUCAAAAUAUACAAAAAUGAAGGAUGUCAAGUUGUUGUGUUUAAUGGCAAUUAUAAAUUUACACAUUUCAAUUACAAAUUUAUAUUUCCAAGGUGAAAAUUCAAAUGAAAAAUUAAUUUUAGAUUCUCUUCAAGAGGCAUUACUAGUGAAUGAAAUAUUGACAAACAAAAUUAUACCAGACAUGUUAUUGAUUGGAGUUUAUGGUACUAGUGGAAGUGAUUUUGUCGAUACUGAUAGUGGAGCAUCAAAAGACAUUCCCAGCUUUGGAUUGGAAAAGAGAAAGAACUAUGAAAUUACAUCGUUGAUUAGAUUGAUCACCUUUGAAAAUCGUAAAAAAGAACUUGUCGAUCUUGUCGUAGACAACCUGAAAAAGGUAAAGAGUUUAUGGUACUUUUCACAAGAGGCUCAAGACGACAAUAUUCGAAAGAUGUUGUUUAGUACUAGCAAUGUACUCGACAAUUUCCACAUUGAGGAAUCGAUUGAUGGUAUUAGUCUACAAACAGACGGACUACCAAAAGUCACAAAUCGGCUCAUCCUCGACAACAUCAAGAUUAAAAACGUUAGUCAAAGUGUCAGAGAACAACAAGAUGAGAUGCGAAAUAUGGUUAAACAUGUUCAAGAACUCUAUCUAUUACGAUCAUCUGCAACGGAUAUAUUUCCAUACCUCAAGGAAACCAAACUCACCUCUUUUACCAUUUCUCAUCCAAAUCUAACAAUUGAUGUUCUUCAACCAAUUCAACAUUUAAAUUUUGAAAAAUUAACAAAAAUCACUAUCAUUAAUAAUAAUAAUAAUCAAAUGAAUCAAAUGAAUCAAAUUAAUAAUAUUAAUAAUAAUAAUAAUCAUAUGAAUCAAAUGAAUCAAAUUAAUAAUAAUAAUAAUAAUAAUAAUAAUAAUAAUAAUAUAUCAGAUUUAACAUUUAAUUAUAAACAUCAUCAAAUUGGUGGAAAUUUGAAUAUACCAAUAUUAAAAACAACAAAUGUACAUAGUAAUAACCAACAACAACAACAACAAAAGUCAUCGCCAUCAAGUUCACCAAGAAGUUCACCAAGAAGUGAAAAUUUUCAUUCUAUUUCCAAACAUUUAAGUUCUUGGUCGUCACCAUGCGCAACAUCAUCCAACACUCUUUCACCAACUCCUCCUUUAUCGCCACUUUUACUUCCUUGCAACAAUACGAUGUCAUCAUCAUCAUCUUCAACAACAGCGGCAUUGGAUACAAUCUAUCAAACCAUUAUUAAAAAAUGUCGUGGAUUGACUCAAUUGGCGAUUGUCGACUCGAAUAUCACGGACCAAGCAUUCUUUACGGUGCCCAUGUCAUUUACAAACACACCAAACUCUUCGAAACACUGUAUAUUUAACGCUGAUUCACCCCUUCGAAAGUUGUCACUGCGUCAUUGUAAAUCGCUGUCCAAUACUUGCAUCUACACGAUUUUGUCGAGUCUGCCUCGCCUAGAAAAGAUCGAUCUGUCCUACACCAAUGUCAAGGAGUCUAUUGCCGACCUCUUGUUUGACUGCAAGCGUCUUUCAAGUCUUGCACUUGGUGGUUGCAAAGAAAUCUCUAGUCGAUCAAUCACUAAUUUACUCCAAUUAAUGGAGCCCCAACAACUCGUUCGUAUCACCUCGUUAGAGUUGCCCAACUUUUCGUCUGAAGAAUCCAAUAUGGGAGAUACACUCCAAAAACUGGUCAAUCUCGACUGUUUUGGCUUUCCAACUAAUAUGCGUAUAUUUUCCAAUUCGUCACAUUUUAUACCAAAGUUGUUGGUACGUCGUAUCGUCCUCAAUGGAUGUAUCUUGAAGGAUCUACCCAGUUUGCUUCGUAAUUGUCCAAACCUAGAGGUCAUAGUCUUUAACAAUGUCAUUUUCGAGGGACUCAUUGUCAACGAUUGGACACCCUCCAUCUUUGAUGAAUUGGACAACAACUAUGACUCGUUGCAACAUAUUUUAGAAUUGGAGAUUCUCGAUCAAAUACGCAAACGAGAAUACAUACAGAUUGUAGAAAAGCUUCUCUAUAGAACAAGCCAACUCAAGCGAAUAUCAAUCAAUCCAUGUUUCAAUGAUCCCAAUGACACCACUAUUGCAGAUCUAUCAGAAAAGUUUCCUUUUAUUAAAAUUGAUAAAAUUAAUAGUUAUUAUUAUUAA